AUGAAGUUCACCAUUCUCUUCCAUGCCCUCAUCGUGGCCAUCUUGGGCCAUCUUGCUUUUGCAUCUGCAAUCGAGAGAUCCUCGGGUCUAACAGCCCGUGGCGACACCAACGGGACAGUAUCUACUCCCUACGGCGACGUCGUUAGCUCUUUCCUACCCGAUGGAAAAAACAAGAUCGAGUUCUUUACCGACGGCGUCCUCGAAGUGACCGCCCUCGAGCGCGCGGAUGGUGCAAGGGAUAAAGACUCACGCGAUCAAAAAGGUGUCACCUUCUAUGAUGUUGACGGUAAAGAGAUCAAUAUAGAUGAUCUGAAUGAAGAUGAUGAUUCUCUUGAGAAGAGAGUGUCAAAGUGGAAAUUGGCUAUCAAGUUUGCGAAGCUGAUUGCGAAGUAUGGAAAGAAGGCGUGGACGUAUAUUUACUGCGUUGGAACGGCACCGUUCUGGAGAUGCGGCGAUGAGUUCCUUGACUGUGCCUCUGCUGGUCGUGCCCCGUGGAAUUGUUACGAGGGUGGUCUUUGCAUCGGCAUGAAGGUCUACAAACACUGCAAGUAG